CUACGCAUGUGGUAUAAAAACUAAAAUAAGCAUUGAACGUAUGUUUUAAAGAAGGAUUUAAUCUCCGCAUUACACAUGAGCUCGAUCAGUUUGCGAUACUCUUGGCGAUUCAUUUACGUCGUACAUUAGUUAACAUUGUUCUGGUGUGAUUUCGCAGGAAAAUCUUUGUUCGAAAAAUGUUUACCGUACUUUUUGCUUUUAUGCUUGCAACGGCAUAUGCUGCAGAGAAACUACCUUCCUACAUUCAUGUGUGUGGCCUCAAAAACUCCAACUAUGAUGAAUGCAUUCUGAAUAGCAUCAAGAUAGCAAAGAGCAAAGUCUGUACAGGGAUGCCGGAAUUUAAUCUUUCUCCAACCGAGCCAGUAAUCAUUGACGAAAUCGAAAUUUUCAAUACAAAUAGUCUUAAAUUUCAUCUUAGAGAUUCAAAAAUAAGAGGAUAUUGCGACAUCGACGUAAAGUCUGCUAACACGUCCGCUGAUAGACUUCACCUCGAUUUUGAUUUCGUACUCAGACAUCUUGAAAUGGACUCCAAGUAUGACUUUGACAUACGUUUAUUGGUGUCACUUGCUAAUAAGGGACUGAUUCACUUUUCUACAGAUAACUUAUCAGGAAAAAUGAUCAUAGAUCUUAAAGAGGUAACAAAGAAUGGUAAAACAGAAUUAUAUGCGUCGAAAGCAAACACUUUUCUCGAUGUAAAAGUAUUCAAAUUUGAACUUGGCGAGAGCGAGAGGGACUUGGCUCAACUAAAUGAAGCUCUCAGCAAUACUGUAAAUGAGAAUACCAAGGAUAUUAUUAAUAUAGUUACGCCGGUAUUAGAAAAGACGUUUUCUGAAUUAAUUAUUAAAGUUAUUAACAAGAUGGUUUACCACAGAAAGGAGCAAUUGUUUCCCAACACACUAUAAAUCAUAUAGAACUCUUGAGAAUUUUUGCCGCAAAGUCGCAUAAUGCAUCGCAUAAUGCAUCAGAUCCAAAAGAAUAGUUGAAAUACAUUAGAUAUAAUAAAUAUUUUAAUUAUUAUAAGAAUAACAAUAUUUAAAAUAUUGGCGAUAUAUGUUUUAUUUAAGUUAAAUAAUGAAAGCAAACCUCGUUUAUUUAAAGAUUGCUACAAUAGUACAGGUAUGUAUGGAAUAAUAGUUAAAUAAAAAUGUUAUUUGUCUCAAUA